CCACCCACCUCCUCCACCUCCUCCCCCUCCCAGCUCACAUGACUGCGAUUAGAGCAGAGGAGGAGUGUAGUGGGAGAGAUAGUGAGCACCAUGAAUUACAUUUUUCUGAUUUCAGCGCACAGAUCACAUCCAAGAACUCAACCUUUCUGUCUUUGCCUGCUGGCUGAGAGUCGUCCACUUUCUGGGUUGCAGGUAUGACGUUGCUACACUGGUGCAUGCUGGGAGGGAGCGUCCUGCUGCUGGUGUGUGAGGUCACCAUCAGUCAGCUCUGCAAGUCCCUCAUCACCUUAGUGGACGGUUUCUACACGCUCUUCAUCCUCUUCCGCAUAGCCUUUCCUCCCACUCAGACAGCAAACACAACAAAACCUCACCAACCUCCACCACUCUCCUCUUUGGACUCCUCUGCACCUCCUCCACCUGCAGCACCUCCCUCCACCCGGCCUGCAGACUCCUCCAUUAAACCUCCACCUGGGACUGUGACUCACUGCGGUGUGUCCUACUCCAGCAGCAGGAUUCAGCCUGUGGCUGCUUUCAUCUCCGCUCUCCUCCUGACCUCUCUGUGUCUCUCUUACUUCCUGGAAAUCAUCAGUUGUUCCCUGGAGCCUCAGCCGGUGCAGCGCCCCCUGCUGCUGGUGGCUGUAGGAGCUGUCAGUCUGCUCCAUAAGGUCCUGGUGGUCUGGCUGAACUGGGACCAGCUGCAGGCUCAGAAGCCCGGGGCCGGCACGCAUUCAGAGACUGAAUCCCACCUUGAAGUCAACCACAAAGUCUUGGCUUUAGGGCCGGUCCUGGAGGACGGUACUCUAGUCCAAUCUGCUGUGGAGGACUCGCCCCACAACGGGACACUUGUCCUCUGUAACCCAGGGACCUCCAGCAUCCCUGGGACCUCCAGCAUCCCUGACACUGGAGCUUCACAACAGGCAGAAGUCCACCUGCAUGUAGCAGGUGGAGCAGCCGACGGUGCUGCAGAUUUAAAGGUUUGCAAAUAUCGUUCAGAAGACAUUUCCAAAGACAACGUCUACAUGGGACAUCUUGACAGUCAAAAUGCAUCUAAAACCUCCCCUGUCUGCAAAUCAUCACAUCACAUUGAGAAUACUGUACCAAACAGCCAGUGUCCAAUCAGAUUCCUGUCCUUCGUCCACAUCACUCAGGGCCUCUGUACGUCCCUCCUGGCUCUGAUCAACAGCCUUGUGAUGCUGCUGAUCAGCCCACAAUCACCUCAAAGCUCUGAAACCUGUUGGCUUCUGCUCUACCUGGAUCCUGGCCUUUCCCUGCUGGCUGUCAUGAUGCUGAUUGCCACAGCAGCGCCACAGGUGCUAAGGUAUGGACUGCUGCUGCUACAGGCCACACCUCCACAUAUUUGUGUGUCUGAUCUUGGACGGAGGAUUACGAGUGUGCCUGGGGUUCAGGCUGUGCACCACCUCCACAUCUGGGAGUUAACUGAAUCCUUCAUGGCAGCCUCUGUCCAUGUUCACUGCCAUGCUGGGUUUCCUGUGCACAGGUGA